AUGUCUUCCAAAGUUAGGGCAAAGAGGGAGGACCAACCGCCUGUGCUGGAGCCGCCGCGGUCUCUCAUGAUGAUGUCACUUCCAUAUGACCUAAUCGUGGAUAUCGUGGCACGUGUACCGAGUUGCUACUAUCCAAAAAUCUCUCUGGUUACCAAGAGUUUCCAGUCACUCGUUACCUCACCUGAGCUAUACACGAGAAGAUCCUUGUUAGGCUGUACCGAACACUGUCUCUAUCUUGUCCUCUAUAUCGACAAUGAAUGCCGUUUGUGUAUUCUACGCCGGAAAGUCAACAGAAAUCGUUUGGUUAUUAUCGGGUCGCCUCCUCUCAUGGUUCCCCAUGAAAAGUACGUAGCCGUGGGUUCCAAGAUAUAUGUGGUAAAUGGAUCACUUGACGAUUACGGUACAUCAUGCAUCGACUGUAGAUCUCACACGGUGCAGCCAAUCUCCGCCAUUCCUAAGCGCAUGGAAGAUGUUAAGGUCGCCGAAAUCAUCGACGGUAAGAUUUACGUAAUCAACUCAGAGGGAGUCAUGGUGUUGGAUACACAAACUCAAAAGUGGGAUCCUGCGAUGAAAAAGACAGACGCGGAGUUAGGCUGCAUAUUGUUAACUCAUUCUGUGGUGAUGGAACAUAAGAUUUACGUGAGAUACGGUUAUAAUAGCUUUGUUUAUGAGCCAAAGGAAAAUAAAUGGGAAUCGGAUGAGAUGCUGAAUUCUGAGGAAUGGGAGAAUGCGUGUGUCGUCCACGAUGUAUUGUACUAUUACGAUAUAAACGUGAAGGCGUUGAGAUCUUAUGAUCCAAAGCAAAGGUGCUGGAGAGCGGUGAGAGGUGUAGAAGAAUUGUUGAGUAAGACGGCCGGUUCAUGGGGGUCGGAGACGGUGAGUUUCGUCAUGAACUUAGCUAAUUGA